CUUUGACACCUUGCCUUAACUUCAAUAUUGCUCGAAAUUUUAAGUAAAGUUUGUAAAUAAGGUUUCUUUUUCCUUUCUAUCUUUUUAAAAAAAUAAAAUAUUUUGUUGCUUAAUAUUUAUUUCAUUUCUAAUAUUUAUUCUUCUAAUAGUUAUUUUCAAUAGUGAGUAGUGGCAGUAGUGGGUGAAGUGUGUCUAGCAGUCGUCAUGUCAUAAGUCAUAAAUCAUAAAGUCUUUGUCAACGACUGUCAAACUUCAGUGGGCCAGUGACCCCCCCCCCCCCAUAUAAGUAUGUAAACAUUUUAUCUCCCCCCACCCCAAUGAAUUAUAAUAUAAAUAAAAUAAUAAAUUUAAUUUAUAUAUACAUUUUAGUUUUUCUUUGUGCUGAUGUAUUUUAAUGACACAAAAUUGUAGGUUAAACAUUUUAUUAGAUCUUUAGCUUGUUAUUCAGCAAGUUAAAAAGUUUUUACACUUACCUUUUAGGCUGUUUCUGAUUUAGCGGCCCACGUUGACUUUGUUAAGGUUAGGCAUGCGGCAUAGGGAUUGUUUUAGGGUUCGGGUUAGGCGUAGGGAUAGAUUUAGGGUUCGGGUUAGGCAUAGGGAUAGAUUUAGGGUUCGGGUUAGGCAUAGGGGUCGAUUUAGGGUUCAGGUUAGGCAUAGGGAUGGAUUUAAGACGUAAAAGUGCGCGCAUGGAAAUAAACGCGGGCCGCGUUCUCUGAAUUUACCAAGCUUCAAUAUGAUUAUUGUCAGUAUAGCUGGCAAAUAAUAGUUUAUUUUCUAGAUGCUAUCAUCUUUCCAUGGAGUAGCCAGGUGUUGCUAUAUCAUAACAAUGGGCAUCAGGGACAUCAUUUGGGUAGGGCAGGUUUUAUUUAUUUUAAUUGCUAUGUACUGUUGCCGUUGCGCCUCCAGUAAUAAACAAAUUUAACAAGCCGACAGAGUUUUGGUUUUGCCCCCCCCCCCGAACAAACCCUGAAAUGCACCCCUGAUGGGCAUUGUCUAUAGCAAUGUUCCCUCUAAGGUUUGUAGGUUUGUUGGUUCAUGUGCAAAAUCAUAAAGUUGUGUGCAAAUUUUUACAGAAUCAAUUUUUUUGUGCACAAAAUUUUACAGCCUACAGACACAAACACACACUUAAGUGGAAAUUAGCUGCGUGGUACUCAAAACUGCUGCGCGGCAUCUGUGAGAUUGCUGCGUGGCCGCGGAGCCGCACAGCCGCGCUGCUUAAAGGGAACAUUGGUCUAUAGUAGCUGAUUUAUCAUUUUCAACUUGCGGAACCGAUAUACCAGACAAAUUAACAUCAUCCUCAUCUAACCAUUCAGCACUUAAAAUAGAAGCAUUGUCAGUGUGAGCAAUAAUUGCCAUAAGCUCUCUCUAUCUCCUUGUAGCUACUCGCAUUGGUCGAAUCCUUUUUUUUGAGGAGCAGGUGCUAAUUUCUUAUGCUCAAGAGGGCAUUGUUGGCCCUGUUGAUCAUGCUUUUUCAACGUGGCUUGUGAUGCAAAAUAGAUGUUCAAGCAGCGAUGUUAUUAUUGUUACUCAUUUUACUUUCCCCUAAUUCUCAGAAUUUUGUAUUCCUACUCUAUCAAUAUCAUUUAUCUUGACCGCACAUGACACUUGAACCUUUUCCUUGUUCUAUACCUGCAACAUGAUCGCAAACAUACCACCCUAGUCAUAUGCGACAAACAGAAUCUACAGGCAAAGCAAGGCCACCUUUUGACUUCUCUUGCACUAACAAAGUGUGCUAACAUUCUGACCAGCCAUCUGCAGUGCUUAAGCAGACACACAUUAAAUAAAUCUUAUAUUGUUAAAAGCCUAAAAAUUAUAUGACUAUUUACACUCAAUAAAUUUUAAAAAAAUAAUGUAAUAACCAGUCAAUUUUUAAGAUUAAAUAUUUAAUCGAGAAAACAUGGUUGUUGAUGCCAACUAAGCUAAACCCCCCUCCCCCCUUGUCAACAACUGUCAAACAUUUCCAAACCCCCUCCCCCCUAUUUUGUUGACAUAAUUAAUGGACGAACCCUGUCCAGUACCAGACAACAGCAUGAAAAAUUGUUCAGAAAUAAAUGGAAGUUUAAAAAAAUGUAUAAUUUAUAACUUUUUCAUUUAAUUAUCAACAUUUUGAAUGCAAGCAGCCAGAUGAUCAAUAAAUUGAUCGUGGGUCCUUAAGGUAAAGAAGAAGAAGUGAUCGCAUGUUGAUCUGGCACUUUAAUGAGAAAACAGCACCCACUCUCUCUUUCUUUGCCACAGAAAACCUAUUGGUCCUAUCCACUGUACUUAUUAUUAAUGGACAUCAAUAAAAGAAUAACCGUUUAAAUAGCAAUUCAAACUGGAACAACACAUUUUUUUUUAUAACCGACGCUGAAGAGUGAAGUGGUAGCUUGCCGCGUAUAAUUCCAAGGUAUUCGGUCAGCCACUCAGCGUAAGAAACUCCUAUGCCGGAGUAUAUAUAUAUAUAUAUGUAUCUAUAAAUAUAUAUAUAUAUAAAAGAAUACAAUCUACAAUUAUUGCCGAUGUAAGCAUUAAUUAAAAUUAUAGGCCUACUUAUUCAUUAAAGAAAAUUGCACCCUCUUUAGUUUAAGAAAGUGUUAACACAUUAAAUUUUUUUUUCAUGCCAUGGCAUAAUAUGCUAUGCUAGUAAUAUACAUAAUUAGUAAUAAAACUAUUUAUUAUCAGUCACUGUUGGCAAUAUUUAAUUAUUUAUUAGAAAUUAAAAACACUUACUGACACUGCAGUUUUUGCUAUGAUUGCGCAAACGGAUUUAUAAUUACGAUUGACUACUACUCAAAGUAGCUACUGUCAUAAGGAUUCCUGAAAUAGCUACAGGUAUAUUAAUAGAUACUGACAAAACCUCGCUCAAAUUCUAUGUUAUGUUUGCCUACCGAGCCAAACAUAAGACCAAAGGUAAUUUUAAAUGGGUCAAAAGAAUUAAGCUUCAUUUUUACCUUCAAUGUAUUUAUUGUGUCCUGAGCACACCAAAAAUAAUGAAAUUUAAAAAAAUAUAAAAUUCUAAAUCCUUGAAGAACCAUACUAAAUCCUGUAUUGCUGUACACCUUUCAAAAAAUCUUAAACCCAUACAAAGUACAGGUCAACCAUACAGGUUGGCAUGUAUGCUAUUAGUAGUAGUUGACUUAGUAAUAUAGGCCUAGUACUUAUUUUAUACAUUAACUAUUAGAUUAGUACUUAGUUUUAAUGUAGCCUUCACUUAUUCUACUAAAUAGACAGACUGGGGUACUAGUAGACCAGUAGUAAACUAGUAGUUUUAUUGAGUUGGUAUCCCUGGUGGGAUGUAUCCUCCAAAAUUUUUUGUAGUUGAAUUGAUUAUUUCCUCUGAUUAUAAUUCUAAUUUAUUAUCAAGUUGAUUUGAUUGAUUUUUAACAUAAUCCAGAUUAAAAUUAAAACGAGAAAUGUAUACUUGCCCACCAGGUCCAUUUAACAAAUCUCUUCAUUCUAAAGCACUUAACAGGCUGAAGAGGUAGUGUACCACUUUAUUGACAUAUUUACAUCAUGGUGCACCAUCUGUCUUGCAAUUAGUCAAGGGGCCUAAAUUUUCCAAUCAAGUUUUUUUCAAGCCUCAAAGACUAUUGGAAACAGCCCAAAACUGUGCACCGAAAGCCUUGCCAUAGACAAAGGCAAGGGAGUGUAGAAUGUGUGAAUCAAUAUGUUGAAAACAUGCUGACGAAAUGGAUGCAGGACACGAAGAGCAAUCAUUGGAAUGUUUUGCUGUACAGUGUGUUCAGUUAAUGAAAAGUCAGGCAUAUAUUCAGUAGGCCUAUGUGAUGGUAUCAAGAUGUCUUCCUAUGAAAUUCUUUUUGGAUUCACAGUAAAGAUUGGGUUAAACACAUUUAGAGAGGUUUUAAGGAACGUUGUGUGGGAGGAAGACUUUCAUGAGGUUGUUGUAUCAUUUGCAGAAUGUUCUAAUGCUUCGUCUACCUCACCUCAAGUAUCUACCAUUAUUUUCCCCAUACAGCCCAAAAUAUUUAUACCAUUGAAGAGCAUGCAAACUCAAAUGUCUAUGCCAGUUGAAGUAUCGACAUGUAGGACAGUGCAAAGGGGGCACUUGGUCGCCAGCAUCAAUGGGGUGCAAAAAUCAUCUUUAUUUAGGACCUUUAUAUUUUUAGGGAAUUAAACAAUAGAAUGUGAUGUACUUCAAAAUGACAUGGGGCACCAAAUUUGUCCUUUUUUCGAUUGAUUGAUGCCAUUUCAGGCUUCGCCCCUGGCACCGCUUGACCUCAGCACAAUCCUGUUGACAUGUUUUACUUCUAGAAAGCUUGUCAAUGCCAUUCAAGUGCAGAUUGCUAGAAUUAAUAUACAAAUUAGGAAACUUUCAAUUUCAUUUUGUACCGGUACUUAAAAUUUGCCUGAUCCCUGCUGUUUAUUAUUUGCUCAUAAAAAAUUACAAUCUAAACACACUUAGCCUGUAAAAGUAGACACUUAGCCUGCAACACUAGACACACUUAGCCUGUAACAGUAGACACACAUAGCCUGUAACAGUAGACACACUUAGCCUGUAACUUUAGUAUUUUUUUUAUAGUAGAGACUACUUUAGAAUUUACAUGUAGUCUAGUAGUAGAAGUAUGUAUUAGUUGUUAGUAUUUAAGUAUUAGGCCCGCUUUUAGUAUAUUAGGCUAUGAGGAAUGCCAUCAGGUGUUGUAAUUAUAAGCUACGCCUAAGGACAUGACUUGGUUAACACAGUUCGCUUGGCAUGAUGUGGUUAACACAGUAGGCUUGGCAUGAUGUGGUUAACACAGUAGGCUUGGCAUGAUGUGGUUAACACAGUAGGGUUGGCAUGAUUUGGUUAACACAGUAUGCUUGGCAUGAUGUGGUUAGCACAGUAGGCUUGGCAUGAUUUGGUUAACACAGUAGGCUUGGCAUGAUGUGGUUAACACAGUAGGCUUGGCAUGAUUUGGUUAACACAGUAGGCUUGGCAUGAUGUGGUUAACACAGUAGGCUUGGCAUGAUUUGGUUAACACAGUAGGCUUGGCAUGAUGUGGUUAACAUAGUAAGCUUGGCAUGAUGUGGUUAACACAGUAGUCUUGGCAUGAUGUGGUUAACUUAGUAGGCUUGGCAUGAUGUGGUUAACAUAGUACUGGUAGGUUUGGAUAAAAUUUAGAUUCAGACAAGUAUUAAAGUUGUCUGCUUUAUUUAAUUUAACUCUUUAUUAAUCAAUUUAUUAAAAAUAAUUAUAAAGCUGGUAGGCAUAGUAGAAAUAGUAGGCAGGUAGGACAAACAAUAGUAUUAAUACUACCCCAUACCUGCCUAAAGAAUACAAUCUCUAUAUAGUCCACAAUGAAUGAAAUGUUUUACAAUCACAAAUGAAUAUAUGGUCAGUGACGACUACUUAAGAGUUAGAAUGAUGAGACAAUUUUAUUUUACUAUUAAGGACAACAGAAAGCAGUCUGUUGUGCACUACUAUUAUUAUGCACAAUAUAUAUACACACCAACAUUAUUAUUGCCACACAAUAUAUAUUUACACCAACAUUACCACAAUAUAUAUUUACACCAAAAAUAUUACAAUAUAUAUACACACCAACAUUAUUAUUGACACACAAUAUAUAUUCACACCAACAUUAUUACAAAAUAUAUAUAUUUACUCAGUAACAUUAUCACAAUAUAUAUAGACACCAACAUUAUCCCAAUAUAUAUAUAGACACCAACCUUAUUACUGUGACACAACUUCAAACAGAUCACCUGCACUUGUACAUAAGACAAGGUCUGUCGCUUAGAAAAAGAGCUCAGUUGCUUUACUUAAUAAUAAGUACAAGGACUAACACUAAAAGAUUAGCCACUUCUUGUUAGGGCUUCAUUUUAAAUAGUCUCAAUAAAUGUAACAAAUUAAAUGUGUAUGUUGCAAAUAAAAUUCAUAUGCAUGAAAACAUAACAGUUGAUAUGGUGUAUGCAUGGAAACAUAACACUUGAUAUGGUGUACACAUGAAAACAUAACAGUUGAUAUGGUGUAUGCAUGAAAACAUAACAGUUGAUAUGGUGUAUGCAUGGAAACAUAACAGUUGAUAUGGUGUAUGCAUGGAAACAUAACACUUGAUAUAUUGUAUGUAUGGAAACAUAACACUUGAUAUGGUGUAUGCAUGGAAACUUAACUUCAAAAUAAAACUAAUAAUCAUUUUAUCUUUUCAGGUUGGUUUUCAGAGCAGCAGACUGAUAAUGUCAGCUUCUGCUGUUUCACGUACAGCUUCAUCAGGACUGCACAUACCCAUCUGCAAUUUUACCAGUUAUUUGAGAUAUAAAUGCUGUAUAAAGUAUCUGUUUGGAACAUCGUUACUGAGACGGACAAUAACCAGUUCAAAUUUCAAGAAAGAUUUGCUUAACCUACAAUCUUCAAAUUUGAAAAACUUCCGGCAAAGUAAACAUAUUCCCGGGUUAUAUUUCCGUCAAGACCAUACACGAUGUUCAUCCACUUUAUCUCACGAUGAGUCCUCACCUUCGCCAGUUUUUCUCAAAGCUGAAAAGUAUCUUGAGAACACAGCAGUUGUGGACAGAGAUGGAUCUUUUACAUAUGCAGACCUACUGCAUCACAGCAUGUGCCUUGCGGUUCAAAUUCUUGAAACAUACCGUAAUGGGGACAUGAAACUUGAUGGUGACAGGAUCGCGCUUCUAACAGAAUACAACGCCACCUACAUCAUUUGUCAGUUCGCCACUUGGAUUUGUAAUGGCAUCUCUGUGCCUCUGUGUAACACCCACCCUGCCUCUGAAUGGGAAUAUUUCCUGCAAGAUUCUCAGUGCUCCCUAAUCCUUGUGUCCAGCAGUCUUGUGGACAAAAUAUCGCCGGUUGCUGAAAAACUUGGAAUCAGGCUUAUAGUUUUAGCAAGAAACAGUUUCAGCAAUGGAUACCCCAAGAACAGAUGGUUCCAACCGGAUCAUGCAUCCAACCCUAAGUAAACAAUAUUGUUUUUAAAGGAAUUGUGUACACGGUAUUGUUCAGAGUAUAGGCCACUUCUGAUGAAGCCGAACCCUUAAAGUUUAGUGUUCACAUAUACCGGAAUUGUUCAGAGUAUAGGCCACUCCUGAUGAAGCCAAACCCUUAAAAUUUAGUGUUCACAUAUAUCAGAAUUGUUCAGAGUAUAGGCCACUCCUGAUUAAGCCAAACCCUUAAAGUUUAAUGUUCACAUCUACCAGAAUUGUUCAGAGUAUAGGCCACUCCUGAUGAAGCUGAACCCUUAAAGUUUUGUGUUCACAUAUAUCAGAAUUGUUCAGAGUAUAGGCCACUCCUGAUUAAGCCGAACCCUUUAAUUUAUCAGUAUUGUUAUUAUUAUCUUUCGCAACAUCCCCAUCACUACCGCACCCCUGGUUUAAAGACUAGUAUUAUCUUUUGCAACAUCCCCAUCACUACCGCACCCCUGGUUUAAAGACUAGUAUUAUCUUUUGCAACAUAUCCAUCACUACCGCACCCCUGGUUUAAAGACUAACAGUAGUUUUAAAAAUGCAGCCUACAAUCAGAACACUACGGUGCAUACUGGAAAUUUCAAUGACUGUUAAAUAUAAAUAUUAAAUGAACUAGUUAUAGCCCGAGAAAAAUGGCAGAGGCAAUGAGUGAACUUCCCAUCUACUUAAAAUGACUUGAAAGAACUUGCAUUCAAGUCAUGCAUUUUAUAAGAAUCUCAAUGAGUGCUCCCCAAACCACCACACCCCUUUUUACACGCCCCUGGACUAUAUUAAUAAUUCUAAUGUCCCACCCCUUUUUACACGCCCCUGGACUAUAUUAAUAAUUCUAAUGUCCCACCCCUUUUUACACGCCCCUGGACUAUAUUAAUAAUUCUAAUGUCCCACCCCUUUUUACACGCCCCUGGACUAUAUUAAUAAUUCUAAUGUCCCACCCCUUUUUACACGCCCCUGGACUAUAUUAAUAAUUCUAAUGUCCCACCCCUUUUUACACGCCCCUGGACUAUAUUAAUAAUUCUAAUGUCCCAACCCUUUUUACACGCCCCUGGACUAUAUUAAUAAUACUUAUGUCCCACCCCUUUUUACACCUCAGAUUUAUUUCAUCAUAUUUUAAUUGAGACUAUUUCAGUAAAACAAAAACAAAUAUUAUGCACAAAACAUACUUUGGAUCUUUAGAAAUCUCAUUGAGCAUGGUUAUUGGGAAUUUUAUGUUGCACGCUACUGAGCUCACCAAUACUCCAUACCUUCUUUCAUACAUAGAGAAUUACAUUAAUUCAUCAUCAUCCUAUGUGUCACAGCUAAUCUAAAUACAUAAUUAUCUAUGCAACAAUGUCACUAAUGCUACCACUUGGCGAUGAUUUCCCUGAAUAAAAUUCCUGAUGAUUGUGCUAAAUUUUUUCUUAGUCCCACUUCACAUGUAAUAUUAAUAUGUAACACAUCUAAAUCUGCUGUGUAAAAGUGGAUGGGACAUUAAAAGAUGAUAUAGUUCAGAGGCAGUGGUGCACGGAAAAAAAAAAGGGCGGGGGGUGUUGCACUAUUAGGAAAGUGCUUUACUUGAAUGUAUGUUUGUCAAGUCAUUUUUAUUAGAUGGGAAGCCAUUGUUUAGCGGCCAUAGCUAGUUAUUAAUAAUUAAUUAUUUAAUAAGCUUUAAGACACGAUAAAAACGUGAUUUAAUAUGCAUGAGGGUGACAAAAGGGGAAUUUUUGUGCAGUUAACAAGUAAAAAUAAAUUAAACUGACAAUUUAAAACUGUUAUAUUAUUUUUAUGUUAUUUGUGUUUAAAGAAUUCACCACAUAAAAUAAAAUAGUAGUUAACAGUUCUGUUAAAUUUAUUAAACAUUAUAAAAUAUAUUUUACUUUUUAUUGUUUUACCUGGACCAGGAAAAUGAGACGGGUGUAUGAGCAAAGGAAACAACGCUGGUUUGACCGUCAAGAAGAAUCUGUUUUGAAAAAGCCAUCCUUGAUUGUGUAUACAAGUGGAACAACUGGACCACCAAAGGUAAUAACGGGACCACCAUAAGUAAUAACAGGACCACCAAAGGUAAUACAGGACCACCAAAGGUAAUAACAGGACCACCAUAGGUAAUAAUGGGACCACCAUAAGUAAUAACAGGACUACCAUAGGUAAUAAAUGGACCACCAUAGGUAAUAAUAGGAUCACCAUAGGUAAUAAGUGGACCACCAAAGGUAAUAACAGGGAAACCAUAAGUAAUAACAGGACCACCAUAAAUAAUAACAGGACCACCAUAAGUAAUAACAGGACAACCAUAGGUAAUAACAGGACCACCAUAGGUAAUAACAAGACCACCAUAAAUAAUAACAGGACCACCAUAGGUAAUAAAUGGACCACCAAAAGUAAUAACAGGACCACCAUAGGUAAUAAAUGGACCACCAAAUGUAAUAACAGGAUCACCAAAGGUAAUAAGUUAUAUUACUUUCCAUCAAUAAAAAUAAAAGGUUCUCCCACUGGCUCAAUGACCAUACAUGCUGUGCCAAUAUCAACAUCAUCUCUUUCUUAUUGUAACAUGAAUCCCUUGACUGGUAGCAGGAGAAGGCAUCAAGGCACCAUCUGUUCUGCACACGUUUGAGAACCCUGGUUUAAGUGAUUUGAAUUAUGUGUUAUAAUUCUUAAACAUCUCCUGACAAUAAACUCCUUUGUAGGUUUCUGCAAUGCUGGCCAAUAGUCUACCUUGUUUUUGCAAAGUCUAUGUUGGUUUUAUCAGAAUUAUUGGCAAAAAAGAGAAAUAAAUGUUUGCAUUAGUUGUAUGGAAACUUUUGUUUUUUGUGUAUUUUAAAAUAUUAAUGAAAAAAAUUAACAGUAGGUGUAAAAUAUUAAUUUUAUUCAUCAUGUGAACUUAUUUGAAGCAUUGCUUUUCACUUGGUAUGAAAUCAGUUUUUCUCUCAAAUUUCCAGUGACAUAAACAGCUAACAGUGUUAGUAGAAUAAAAAGUGGUAGUAUUUAUAAUUUUCACGCUCCUCUUUGACUUAAAAAAAGUGCAGAAAAUGUACCUCAAACUUAGAGUUACAUUCUCAUUAAAAAUUGUCUAAUUAUUUCAAGCAUUUACUAUAAUUUUUGUUUGACAAAAUUCUCAUGUGACGUCUUUUCUUCUAUCACUGUUAUUCAUCAGGGUGUUGUCCUGACCCAUGGAAACUUGGCGGCCAUGGCCGCAGGAAUGAUUAAAAGCUGGGAAUGGACACAAAGAGAUGUUGUGCUUCAUGUUUUGCCAUUGCAUCAUCUUCAUGGCAUCGUCAACGUCCUGCUGACCCCGUUGUCCUGUGGAGCCACUGUUGUCAUGGAGCCGAAGUUUGAUGCAAAGCAAGUUAGUAGCUCUACAUUUUGUACAGCCUGGCAGUUGGUACAGCAUGUUACUGGGUACAGCAUGUUACUGAGUACAGCAUGUUAGUAGCUCUACAUUUUGUAUAACCUGGCAGUGGGUACAGCAUGUUACUGGGUACAGCAUGUUACUGAGUACAGCAUGUUAGUAGCUCUACAUUUUGUAUAACCUGGCAGUGGGUACAGCAUGUUACUGGGUACAGCAUGUUACUGAGUACAGCAUGUUAGUAGCUCUACAUUUUGUAUUUCUUGGCAGUGGGUACAGCAUUUUACUGGGUACAGCAUGUUAGUAGCUCUACAUUUUGUAUAGCCUGGGAGUGGGUACAGCAUGUUACUGGGUACAGCACGUUUCUGGGUACAGCAUGUUACUGGGUUAAAGCAUGUUACUGGGUACAGCAUGUUAGUAGCUCUACAUUUUGUAUAGCCUGGCAUUGGGUACAGCAUGUUACUGGGUACAGCAUGUUACUGAGUACAGCAUGUUAGUAGCUUUACAUUUUGUAUUUCAUGGCAGUGGGUACAGCAUGUUACUGGGUACAGCAUGUUAGUAGCUUUACAUUUUGUAUUUCAUGGCAGUGGGUACAGCAUGUUACUGGGUACAGCAUGUUAGUAGCUCUACAUUGUGUAUAGCCUGGCAGUGGGUGCAGCAUGUCUGUAGCUCUACAUUGUGUAUAGCCUGGCAGUGGGUGCAGCAUGUCUGUAGCUUUACAUUGUGUAUAGCCUGGCAGUGGGUGCAGCAUGUCUGUAGCUCUACAUUGUGUAUAGCCUGGCAGUGGGUGCAGCAUGUCUGUAGUUUUACAUUUUAUAUUAAAGAAAAAGAAAUGCUUUAAAUGAAGUAUGCUUUCCUUUAUUCUGUCUUUAAAGAGAUGAAAAAAAAUCUGUUUGACAUUUCAUCCCCUGUCCAGUAAUUAAACAGUAAUUACCAUAAUUUCACUUUGUCCAGGUCUGGCAUCUGUUGACCACACCAUCCAUAGAGCAUUUUGACCGUAGCAUCAAUCUAUUCAUGGCAGUCCCAACGAUUUACGCCAAACUCAUUGACUAUUAUGAAAGGAACAUUACUGAACCCAAGGCAAAAAUUGCUGCUGACUUCAUUCACCAAACUCUGACCACAAAGAUCAGGUUAGUGAAUAAAUUAUCUUUGCUCAAAUAACUUUUUUAUUGCAUUCAUUAUGGCUAUUGGUAGCCUGAGAAGCUAUUUUAUAUCAAUUCCUUUGUUUUAACCUAGCAAAGGCAUUAUUAUCAAUUCAUAACCAAAUCGGCAUUGAAUUUUUUUUUUUAAUUUAACUUCUGAGUGUUAUUAAGGUAUUCUAAUUUUUUACUGUCUCGAAUUGCUGACCAAUGUAAUAUUUCAGACUGAUGGUGAGUGGCUCUUCGGCGCUGCCACAGCCAAUCAGUGAACGUUGGACAGAGCUGUCUGGUCACGAACUGCUAGAAAGAUAUGGCAUGACCGAAAUAGGCAUGGCUCUCUCCAACCCUCUGUACGGCCCAAGAGUUCCUGGUGGGUAACUCACUGAAAACUCUCUGAACGUAUAUUUUACUAACUAUUCUAAUGUACAUCGCUUAUGAUGAUAUUAUCAGCCUGAAUAUUAACGUAAUCUAACAGUCUUUAAUUUGUAUUACAGAAUUAAAAUCUUAGAAAUUAAACCAGCAUUUAAUUAACUGCUGUUAGAAUUUAAAAAUGUUCAUCCCAUGCAGGCCCUGUUACAGGGUGAUCAACUGAUUCUGGGCUGGGGGCAUCGUGUUCCCAGCAAUAAACAAACACUGAACAAUUAUAAUUUUUCAUCAUGAUAUUUUGAGCUUUUAAAAAUUGAAAACCAAAUUGUUUAAAUGUACCUGCUGCCUCCACUAUCAAGUUGUCCCUGGCAUCUCUUGAUCCCUAAAAGGCACUGACCCUAUCGAUGUCAUUGUUGUAGACUUUAUGGCAAUGAUAAUUGAAGGCUUUUACUAAUUCCAAAGUAAAAUAAUGAUACAAAGUUUUUGAGGAGGGUGUGUGUUUAAGCUAUAAUUUGUAUAUGACCAAUUCACAUUAAUCUGUUCAGAAAAUUUUUAUUAAUUUUAUAUAUGAUGUUUAUUUGUUGUUUCAUUUGUUGCGAUGUAAAAUAUAUAUACAAUUUACUGUUUCCUUGCCACCAUUAUAUUUUAAAUACGUUUAUUUAGGAUCCUAUGCACAAAUGCUGCUUGAGCACAGACAAUUGUAUUACCUUUAUAUGAGACCUAUAUUAUUUCCAAAUAUCAAAACAUUUUGCAAUACCUUGAAACUAGAGAAGUUUUUUUUCAUCAUGAUCUCACUAUUGUCUUAGCUCCUCUCCACCUGACGCUUAGCUCCUCUCCACCUGACGCUUAGCUCCUCUCCACCUGACGCUUAGCUCCUCUCCACCUGACGCUUAGCUCCUCUCCACCUGACGCUUAGCUCCUCUCCACCUGACUAGAUCAUUAGGAAACACAUGAUUGCAACGCCUCUUUAGCCACGGCUUCAUUUUCAGCGUAGUCAUGGCAACAACUAACUUAUUAAUGUUCUUAAGCAAAAUCUCCGUCCAAGUCCUCUUCCUUUUUUGUACAUUGGGGUGGCAUACAGUCUAUAUGUCAGUUUUAUCUAUAUGCCAGUGUAUAAACUGCUUGUUGUGGCCAUGGAAUAUGCCCUGGCCAGUGCAUUCUAAGCAGAGCAGCUGUUGUUUCCACAGGUUGUUGUUCUCCCUAUCAGAACCACUUUGUUUUUUUACCUGACCAUAGUUGCAGAUCACUGUUCUCUGUCUCAGACAUCUUGGUGGGGUACAUUCAGUGUCUAGGCUGUUGGUGGGGUACAUUCAGUGUCUAGGCUGUUGGUGGGGUGCAUUCAGUGUCUAGGCUGUUGGUGGGGUGCAUUCAGUGUCUAGGCUGUUGGUGGGGUACAUUCAGUGUCUAGGGUGUUGGUGGGGUACAUUCAGUGUCUAGGCUGUUGGUGGGGUACAUUCAGUGUCUAGGCUGUCCUCUUUGUCAUCUGUAAUUCUGUUCUCUGUCUCAGACAACUUUGAUGGGGUAGAUCCACUGUCUAGAAUGUUAUCUCAUCAGUAACUCUGUUCAAGUCUUAUUACAUUAUAAAGUAAUUAGUAUUUUAUUUCAGAAAAUUUCCCAUUAAAUUUUGCACAUAUUGAUUACCCUAUAAAUUCGUUUAUAGGUCACACUUUUUUUAAACCAAAAAUUUCGAUUUAAAUGAGUGGUGCGACAUGAUAAGGAUCUGAAGCAUUUACUGUUAUCCAAGCUUUUCUCUUAACAGAACAGAGGGCAAUCAGUUUUUUUAAUGUUUUUUAAAGAUACUGGUACUGUAACAUAGUUUAUGGACAUGCUUUUAAGUUUUCAAGUUUUGUGACGGCUUUUUAAUAAAUAUUAGAUACAUUUACAUUUUUAAAAAAGGACUAUGUAACAUCUCAUACUAAGGGUGCAACCCAUACGCUAGUAUAAAAAGUAGGAGGUUAUGCUAUUUCUCUGGCUCAAAUCCAAUAAAAAAUUUAAGCAAAUAAUAUUUAAUGUCCCUGAUGGAUAACCUUUAAGUACCGUAAUACUAAUUAUUUUAUCAAACAGGUGCUGUUGGUACGCCAAUGCCUGAUGUGGAAGUACGUAUUGUGAAACCAAAUGUUUAUAACUCACAAGGCUACGACAUUUUAGUUGAUGGGAACUCCAGACAUUCGCUUGUCACUAGAGGUGAGUGUAGCAAGGAACAAAAUAUCAAAUGGCACCUGAUGAAUGGAGUUUGAACUGGAAUUUGAAAAUGCUUAUUAUUCAUAAAGAGAAUGACUGUCUUAAUUGAAAUUGAUUAUUUAAUGGGUGCUUUCAUUAAACUUUUAAGCAUUUUUGGAGGUGCAUUUAUCCAUGUCACUGUCCAGAUGCAUUCGUCCGUGUUUUUGUCCAGGUUCAUUUAUUUAGUGUAACAUUUUUUACCAGUAAAGUAACCCAGUUUACUCUCUAUUAUCUGUCAUUGACAUGUUCUGUCAUUGACAUGUUCUGUCAUUGACAUGUUCUGUCAUUGACAUGUUCUGUCAUUGACAUGUUCUGUCAUUGACAUGUUCUGUCAUUGACAUGUUCUGUCAUUGACAUGUUCUGUCAUUGACAUGUUCUGUCAUUGACAUGUUCUGUCAUUGACAUGUUCUGUCAUUGACAUGUUCUGUCAUUGACAUGUUCUGUCAUUGACAUGUUCUGUCAUUGACAUGUUCUGUCAUUGACAUGUUCUGUCAUUGACAUGCUUGAUAAAAAAAAUUUCUGUGGGGUUAAAUGUGUACUUUCUGUUGUGUUACAUUCUGGGUGGCCGAGCAGUCUAAACUGGUCAAUCCCAACGUGUGGACUGGAGUUCAAUCCCCAGAAAAAGCCUAGACAAGCCAAAAACACCACCAACACACCAUGUGGAUGGGAUGCCAAAAACACCACCAACACCCCAGGUGGAUGGGACGCCAAAAACACCACCAACACACCAUGUGGAUGGGACUCGCUAACUUUGGAUAGCAACUCAUCUAAGAGAAGUAAAAUUCUGAAUUCACACCCGCAGAUGGAGUCCUGAGGGUUGUAUGACGUUAACAAAAUGAAAAUUCUGGCAACACCUUCGACAUGGAACGCAUAGAAAGCACAGUGAAACACUUAAGACUCACUGCUGGUCAUCUACUACGUCCUGGUCUAUUUCCACUUAUUUUGAAAAAGUCUUGCCAUAAGAACAAAUAGGCAUACACACGAGAGCUAGUCUGAUGACUUAAGCAAGUCUCCCUCACUUUAAACAAAAUACAGCUCAACUCAAGGCCACUACUCAAGUCAAGGCCACUACUCAAGUCAAGGCCACUACUCAAGUCAAGGCCACUACUCAAGUCAAGGCCACUACUCAAGUCAAGGCCACUACUCAAGUCAAGGCCCCUACUCAAGUCGAAGCCUUGGUCAUCUUUGCAUGUGAAGAAAGAAGAAUAAAAAAAAUUAUAAUAUGCAUCUACAUCGUACUGAAAGAAAACAUUAUGAGUACUUCCAUCUGAUAAUUUUAUAUUUAUUUAAAUAAGGUCUCAAGGGAGAUAUUUCCUUUGAAGUAUUUUAAGUGAAUAUUUACUACGUAAACUUUAUUCAAAAUUAUUGUCACAUUAUAAUCUAACAGGUUCAGAAGAAGAAAUUGGGGACCUCCUUGUUCGUGGCCCAUCUGUAGCCAAAGAAUAUUGGAAAAAACCAGAGGCUACAAAAGAAGCAUUUACUAAAGAUGGAUGGUUUAAGACAGGUAAGUUAAGUCUCAUUAAGUCACUCGCAUUGAAUGCUUUUCAGACAUGUAGAUGAAAUGUGUUUAAAUCAGGCAAAAUGAAUGUGUUUAAGACAGGUAAAUUAAAUGUUUUCAAAUCAGGCAAGUUGAAUGUGUUUAAGAUAGGUAAAUUAAAUGUGUUCAAAUCAGGCAAGUUGAAUGUGUUUAAGAUAGGUAAAUUAAAUUUGUUCAAAUCAGGCAAGUUGAAUGUGUUUAAGACAGGUAAAUUAAAUGUGUUCAAAUCAGGCAAGUGGAAUGUGUUUAAGACAGGUAAAUUAAAUGUGUUAAAAUCAGGCAAGUUGAAUGUAUUUAAGACAGGUAAAUUAAAUGUGUUCAAAUCAGGCAAGUUGAAUGUAUUUAAGACAGGUAAAUUAAAUGUGUUCAAAUUGAACGUGUUUAAGACAGGUAGAUGAAGUAUGUUUGAUUAAAAUGCACGGAGACUAAGCUAAGUAAUUUUGGCUCAAAAGUGUGGAGUACCGUACUCAAAACAAUUUCACACUCAUGACCACCGUUUGUGCAUAAAAGGUUUUUAAAACAAAUCACUUUCUAGACCCAGAGAUCUAGAGACAUGGUAAAUACUUUCUAGACCCAGAGACAUGUUAAAUACUUUCUAGACCCAGAGACAUGUUAAAUACUUUCUAGACUCAGAGACAUGGUAAAUACUUUUCUAGACCCAGAGACAUGGUAAAUACUUUCCAGAUCUAGAGACAUGGUAAAUACUUUCCAGAUCUAGAGACAUGGUAAAUACUUUCCAGAUCUAGAGACAUGGUUUUGACUGACAUUUGGGCUUUUAAUGCUUUUCCCAAAGACUCAACUAUUUCCUUUUAAAGGUGACACAGCGAGGUACAAGAAGGGAGUCUAUUUCAUCGUGGGCCGAACAUCGGUGGAUGUCAUCAAGAGCGGCGGGUACAAGAUCAGUGCCUUGGAUGUGGAACGCCACCUGUUGGCUCAUCCUGAUAUAGCUGACUGUGCAGUGGUUGGGCUGUCAGACAUGACGUGGGGUCAAAAGGUGAGACAUAACUUGUGGUCAAAAGGUCAGAUAUAAUAGGGUUCAAGGGUGAUUUACUUUUAAAUAUUUUUGGAUAAUAAUGACUAAUUGAACCCGAUGUUUCAGUCAUAAAAUACCUGACCUGAAUUAUCCAAAUAACUGGAACAUGUCUGAAAUUUUAUUUGCAAGUUGCCCUGAAUCCAUUUAAUAAAUGACCCAUCUCAACAUGAAUUAUUAUUUCAGAACUUUAUGGCUGCUGUCAGCAAUCUUUGCUACUUAAAGGUUUUUUACUCGUUUGAUUCUCCACAUUAAUAUUUGCUCUUUUGGACGGAUGAGUACAUACCUAGACCUGCCAACCCUUCCGAUUUUCGACGGAAUUAUACCGAUUUUUUAUCCCCCAUUCCAACGUUAAAUAAAGCGUGACAUGCCCGCCGGAUGAAUAUCUCACGCACUAUUUUUCCUGUCGCCAGACAUGUAGCCACUGCCUUGUUUUUAUCGAAGCGAACCGUGAUCUCCAAAUAAUUUUUCAAUCAUUGAUCCGAUCAGGACUUAAUCCUUUUACUAGGCUAAAAAAUAAUUCAGUCGUGUUGUGACUUUUUUUUUUGUUAACGAUUUUCUUUGGUAAAUGGAUAAAUCUAUUGAAAGUGGUGGGUACAAUGAUAUUAAUAAACAUAUUUUAAAAAUUGAAAAAAAUAUACAACUGCAGCUAAAAGCAUUGAAUCUACAACAUCCAUGACUUAUUUCUUUGCUAAGGAAUUGGACGAUUCAGUUAUCAGAUUGGAAGUUUUAUUUACCACUUUUCUUAUUGAAGGAAAUAUUUCUCUAGCCAACUCCGAUCGUUUUAAUGCCAGAGUCAAAGAAAUGUUUCCAGACUCACAGAUUGCUAUAAGAUUUGUGAAGAAAAACUUUAUAUUUCUUUAUUUACUCAAAAAGGCUUGUGCAUUAGUAUGUAGGUCUUAACAAAUGCUCCCCACCAGGCGCCGGCGCCCCCAACCCCCGCGCGCACUCCCUACAGAUUUUUUUUCGUGGCAGGUCUGUGUACCACCCAGUAAAUGGCCCACUGACAAAUUGAACGUCCCAUCCCUUGUUGUCAGUCAAGCCAUGCCAUCAUAGCUCAAGUGCUUUGAGGUUGGCCACACUGUUCAUAAUGAUCUUUUUGCACCCGGGUUUGUGGUUGAAAUGUUCCUUUUUUUGUAGCAAUCUCCCUUUCCCUUGGUUCAUGCAAUAGCAGGAAGUGUCCCCACUUUACAUUUGAACGACACAACUGUCAAGGCUGCCACUUAAUGUCAUAUCAACCAAGUCAGAAGAGUCAUGUUUUAUCAAUAAAUCGAUUAGAAUCACGAUUUAUGUGUCUGAAAUGAAAAGAGCUGUAAUUUAACAUUGUACACACGAUGUCUGCAUUGUAUGCAGGUCCAUGUUCUGUUGCAGAGUGUUUUCUCAGGUCACUUGGCUGUGUGUGUUUGGAUGAGUACAUAUCCAUAUAUUCAAUAAAUAAAUCUCUCUCACAAAUAGAAUGGUGCAUUUUUAUUUCAGGUAGCUGCUAUAUUAGUUCUAAAAUCCGGUGGGACCAUGAUGGAUUUGGCAAAUUUACGUGAGUGGGCAAGCUCACGUCUUCCACCGUAUCAGCUCCCUACAGUCAUAAAAUGCCUGGACUCUCUACCUCGCAACACCAUGGGCAAGGUAAACAAGAAGGAGCUUGUCAAUCACGUAUUUCCAGAAUUUGCCCACAAGAAAUGGUGAUGAUCUUCAUUACAAAUUAUACAUAUUUUUUCUGAGGUUUAACUCUUUUGCUGCGGAAUUUUUUCAUAAAAAAAAAAAAAGUACAUUUUUCCAAAGAGCAAAAAUAGAGUGAGAGGUUGGGUUUAUUAAAAAAUAUUAAAAAUAUUAUUGUUUCCUUUAUAAGACUAAACUUGGUAUCAAAUGAAAGAUAUUUGAAAGGACUUAAUGUUUCUGAACUUAUUUCUUCAGUAACAGAAAAUAAAAAUAAAAUGUAAAAACAUUAUAUGCAAAACCAUUUUUUCCCCAAACCCUUUGAUGUACGCAUACCUCAUCUUCACUUCUAUAACUCAAAUCCUCUAAAACUACAACUAUCGGAAUGAUGCCAUGGAUCUAAAUAUAAAUCACCUUCACUAUCAAAAGAAUCAGUAUAAAACAAUUCCAAAGCUUUUUGAACUGUUAAUCGUCUAGGAAAUGUACCUUACUUACUAGGGUCUAGGGUUGCCAUAGCAACAUUAGGAAAAAAAUGGGGAAGAAAAUCAUUAAAAUAAUUCUUCAAAUGACAAUAAAUAAACCUUGGUUUCGUCUAUAAACAAUGAAGUACCACUCUUCUAUGUAAAAGUCCUAUUAAAAAAUAGCUCUUAAAAGGUUUAACUGAGAAAUAGCAAAGAAACAAACAUGAUAUUGAAACAACGCAAAGCGCGUUGGUCCGUGCUUUUUAGAACCGCGGAUGAACGCACUGUAUGUUGCGAAGCAGUGAAAGAGUAAAACCAUUCACUACCCAAACCUGCUGCCAUGAACUUGCAACUCUUACUAGCAACUGCCCACCAUCAAUGUUUGUACCUGGUACUUUAAUAUAUAUGUUAAAAUUUUGAAACACCAUUUAAUCCAGACAGAUGUCAUUAUUUCAGAAACAGAUCUAGUUCCAUUAUAUUUACAAUCUUUUCGCUUUUUCUCAAUGACAGAUUUAUCAAUGUUUGGAUGGUAAAUGUUAGCAGCUGCAUAACUGUUCAUUAAUAAAUUAAAUUGUAAAUAAUUUGGUAAAAUGUUUAUUGAAUGUACUGCUAUAUUAAUUACAAGAGGUUGUAAUAAAGUGCUGUAUAGCAAUGAGUUGUGAGCUGCAAAUAGUAAUUUAAAUAAAUUUUUUAAAAUAUCUGUAAACUACAAUGUGUGUGAUAUUGAAUAUUUAAUCUUUUAAAUAAUAUUAACAUGUUCUUUUUUUCUAGAUUAACCCCCUUGGCACUUAUAAUGUGGCUAUUGAAUGGCCUAAUUUUUUCGAUGUAUGAUGUUUGACUAUUUCUCUUUUGUAGCAGAAAAACUCUUGACAAACUAUUGAUUUUGUUAAGUGUUACUUAAUUUUCAUAUUUGGCAACGCCUUAAUUGUUCUGUUGAUAUUCAUGGUCAUGGUGGUAGUUACUUUGAUUUUAUUUGAUUAACCAAAUGCAGCGUGGGAUUUUCUGGUUACUGGAUGAGUGAUUUUUUUUUUUUAUAACUGCUAACAACUACUUUAGAAUUAAUAAAAGUGAUUUGUUAAUUUUUCUAUGGUAAUUAUAAAAAAUUAUUUUAAAAGAG